AUGAAGCUGCAGACCUCCCUUCUGUUGAUCUGCCUUUUCAGGACAAGCUUUGCUCUUCCAUUGCAAAUUGGAAUUCUUGCGAGCAACAGCAAUGAGAUCCUGGGACUGAACGCACUAACUCUUGCAGCUCUUGGACAAGCACAGGUCCUUGGGAAUGGACAGGGGUCUGAGAUUAUGUUCAUUCCACAGGUGCUGAACUUGAACCCUCAGUUGGCUGGUCCGUUCAUUCCCCAGGGGGCCCAGUUUCCCCAGUUUAUUUUCCCCGCCCAGGGCAACCAGCUGACACCUGGCGUCCUCCCCAAUGGUCAGCAGGAGCAGCUCCCGUCUCCACAGGACCCCAUGAAUCCAAAUAAUCCUCAGCAGGCCCAAAAUCCUAUGCAGACGUUUCCACAGUUCCAGUAUCCUGCUUUUGGAUUUCCUCAGUUUACCGGACAGCAGGGCUUGCCUUACUUUCUGGCUCCUUAUGGCUACCCACAGCAGAGGAAUAAUGUGGUGCUGCAGCCCAACAACGGUCAGCGGAACCAGGAGAAAACUACACAGAGGCCCCAGCUCCCUCUGCAGCAGCCUUCCCAGCCAAAGGUACAAACAGAAAAAGUGAAGUCUACUACCAUCCCUCCUAAUCCUCGUGGUGAUGCUUCUGGCCCUGGGGUCGAUGAGGGUCAAUCCAACUUCCCCUUCCUGUUUGAGCCUUAG